AUGGCACAGGCAAGCUUUGCGGAACUGGAGCACGACUUGAAGAAGCGCCGGACGCGGCGUGAGUUGUUCCUUGAGAAGAUGGACAAGCUGGUUCCCUGGGAGCGGCUGGAGCGACGGAUCGAGCCGUUCUAUGCGAAGGCGGGGCGCGGUCGGCGCCCGUACCCGCUGUCGGUGAUGCUGCGUGUUCACUGCGUGCAGUUGUUCUACAACCUGAGCGACCCGGGGAUGGAGGACCUUCUCUACGAGGUGGAGUCGGUGAGGCGUUUCGUGGGGCUGCGGUUGACGGAGGCGCUGCCCGACGAGACCACCAUCCUGAACUUCCGGCAUCUGUUGGAGAAGCACGGCCUGGGCGAGGGUCUGUUCGAGGAGAUCAAUGCGCACCUGGCGUCGCGCGGCCAUCGGCUGCGCACGGGGACGAUCGUUGACGCGAGCAUCAUCGACGCGCCGUCGUCGACGAAGAACCGGCGCCGCGCACGGGACCCUGAGAUGCAUCAGACGAAGAAGGGCAAGCAGUGGUAUUUCGGGAUGAAGGCGCACAUCGGGGUGGACGCCGGGUCGGGUCUGGCGCACAGCUUGACGACGACGGCGGCCAACGCAAGCGACGUGACGCAGGCGGGAGCGCUGCUGCAUGGCGCUGAGACGACGGCGUGGGGCGACGCAGGCUACCAGGGGGUGGAGAAGCGUCCCGAGCACCGGGACGGCGGUGUCGAGUGGCGUGUGGCGAUGAAGCCGGGGCGGCGCCGGCUGCUGGGCGAGGGCGUCGCCGAAGAGGCGGCCGAGAAGCGCAAGGCGUCGGUGCGGGCGAAGGUUGAGCAUCCGUUCCUGUACGUGAAGCGGCACUUCGGCUACGCCAAGGUGCGCUACCGGGGCGUGGCAAAGAACAGGCAGCGCAUCGCGUUGCUGCUGGGGUUCUCGAAUCUGCUGAUCGCCGGCCGCUACGCGACGGGAUGA